AUGAACUCGCUGGGUCUCGAGUACGGAUCGUCUUCGUCGGACGAAGAGGACGUAACUUCACCACCUAAAACGCAGACUCAAUCUCUUGCCGAUCCAUCUUCUCUUCCUUCUCCUUCUCCUGCUGUAUCUUCAGUCGUAACUCCGGCAUCAAAAGUUUCUGCUAAUCCAAAUGAAGCUUCAACAGCUCAGCCAGAAGAAAAUGUUGCAGCACAAGCGAUAGAAUUCGCAGCAACGCCUACUGGACCAAACGUGUCCAUGUCUAACGGAGAUGAAGAGACGAUGCUUUUGCAAGCAGGGAUACCGCCAGCAGCGUCUCCACUGGAUGCUGAUAACGAGACGCAGCAACGUAUUGAGCGGUUUUUACGGGUGCAGCACGAACGAGGUCAGGACUUUCAGACGACACUGCAAGACAAGAAGGAGGUGCGCAACCCGUACAUCCUGGAAAAAGUGGUCGAGUAUUUUGGAAUUAAUGAACUGCAGUCCAAUUUUCCUCCAAAUAAGUUUGACCCUCAUGGUUUGCCAUUGCACGAGUAUGUCGACGUGUUGGCGAUGGAGCAGAAGAAACGCGCCGAUGUUCGAGCGCAGCGCCAAUUACAACAACAACGAGAUGGUGUUGACCCUCGCCAGCUUCAAUUUAUAUCGGCUAAUGCAUUGAGCUAG